AUGCCAAAACCUACUUUGUCUAGCUUUAAGUCCUCAGAUGCAAGCUCUACUUCAAACACUUCAGACUCUACUCAAGACACAAAGACAGUUUCUCAAACUAACAGCAAAGCAUCCUGGGAUAACUUG